AUGCAGCAAAAUUCUAAUUUUAAAGAUGAAAAAUUAGAAGACUAAAUUCAGCAAAAAGAAAAUAAGGUGAUACAAAAGCUCCAAUAUAAUUAAAGCCUAGUCUAAGUAGAAACUCUACUACAUAGUUAAGUAUCUAACUAGCAAUCAGAUGAAAAGAUUAUGAGCUUAAACAUAAAAAUUUCUCCUCAAAAUACAAUAUCUUUUAAUUCGAUUUUACCAAACGACUCUUUACUUAGUUUGCUUUUAAGGCCAAAUGUCACAAUAUUGGAAAUAUUCACACAUGCAGAUUUUGUUUAAACAUUAGAAUAAUCUAACAAUUCGCUAAUUGAGAAAAUAUGUGCUCAUAUGAAGGAAAUCAUAGACUUUAUAAAGGUAGAAGAUUAGUCUAAGGAUGAACGAAAUUCAGCUAAUAAAACUUGUCAAUCAGAAUAUGUUAACUAUUUCUUGUUGUCUCACCAUGCAGCCGAUGUUAUUAGCUCUGAUUAAAAGGAAAUCUCCUACAUGUUUUUCCCACCAAAAGAUAAAGUUGCAAAAAAUAAAGGGGCAGAAACCUUUUAUAAUUUGUAUUCAUAUAAAGAUUAACUGCUGGUACAUGCAACAUCUGCUAAUGAGAGUGACAAUUCUUAUCCUUCUCCUAUUUUAAAUUCUUUCAGUGAAUAAGGAAAUAAGUAUAUUAAAUAAUCAAGCUUUUUAGAAGAUGUGUCAGUAGAACCAAACAUUUAGAAGCGAAAUUAUUAAAAAUCUCAAUAAUACUUAUAAACAUUAAAUUUAUCAUCAUCUCAACAAAGCAAUUUGUAACUAUUGUGUGAUGGGGAUGAUGAAGAAAAACAUUAAGUUGAUUUCCUUUUGUAUUUCUUGAGUCUGUUAUUUGAUUUUAAAACAACUUCAAACUCUAUUUCUAUUUCCUACUUCUACUAAGUCUUCCUUAAUUUCUUCAACAGAAACAUGAAAGAAAUGGAAUAUUACAUAUUUGAGAAAAUUCCUUCGUUCUGUGAUCGACUAGUUUGUAUGGUAGACGACCAAACAAUAAUGGAUUUAAUUUUACUUAUUAUAAAUUAACCUAAAUAGUUAUUUGAGGUAGAUGCACCGAGUCAAAGUGCUCUGCCUAAAGAUCUUCUUUAAGAAAAGAAGUAAGAUGAAGAAGAAAUUAGAAUUUAAUUUCAUUUUCAAAAAAAAUGCGAAUUGAUUGAAGGGAUUUUUGAUAAUUUAUAAAAUAAUUUUUAAAACUAAUAAAUAAUAAAAAAUUCUGGCAAUAAUAUUAGUACUAAUGCAGAUGCUUCUUCUGCUUUGCCUGAGUCAUAAAAUAUAGAUGAAAAAUAGAAGCAGAAAUCUGAAAGCAUCUGCUAAGAAUAGAAUUUAGAGUAAGAUAUUUUAUUUUGGAAGAUGAAAAAUAGUAGCAUGAUAAUUUGUGAAAUCCUUGACCAUUUUUAAGAUAUCAAUAGAGGCGAGGAUUUAGGUUUUUAUAUAUUAAAUUACCAUUCAUAAAAAGUAUUUUAGUCACUUUCAAGCAAUAAUAUAGAUGAAAUUAGCUUCAAUAGUGAUGUUGCUUAGCAUCUUCUCGCUUUUCUCUAGAAUGAGGACAUUUAAUUUCGCAUAGAAUUUGAAACAAUUAAAGGAAAUAAAAUCGUGGAGAAGUAUUUCAAAGAAUCCAUUAUCUCAAUAAAAAGAGAAUUGAAUUUAGCACAAUAAAAAAAAAUUGAUUCAUUUGAUGGGCAGUUUGGUGAAAAAAUUGCAAUGUUUUAAGCUCAUAGACUAAAGCUAAUUAAAUUAAUAGAACUUGCUUUCUCAUUUAAAAUAAAGGAAGUUGUUUAGGAAAUAUUUGACUAAGAGAUACUAUAAAUUAUAAUUGUCUUAUUUUUUUAGUAUGAGUGGAACAAUCAACUUCAUUUAAAUGUCUUACAUUUGUUUGAAACUAUUAUUGAAGUUGCUUAACAAAAUGAUAACCCUUCUUGGAUAUUUUAUAUUAUCAAAAGAGUUAAACUAGUGAAUUAUAUUAUUUCAAAUUCAGAAGUCACUACUAGGAGAAUUACUAACCCUGUAACUCAUGUAACAAAAGUAAUACAAAAAUCAUAUAUUGGGCACUUGAAGAAACUAGCAGAAAGUGUUGUUAAAUGUAUUGAAUAAAACAGUCACUAUGAAUGUUGGAUAGAGGAUUAAAAUAAAUGGGCAGACUUAAAUAAAAUGGUCUAAGUACAGUAGAAAAUAUUGAAAGGAAAAUUAGGAGAGGAAGAAUAACCUAGCAAAUAAAAAUUUUAAUUGAAUUGUAAUGCUAAAUAAUCACUUCUCAACAGAAGAAAAUAGCUUAUUGAAGGUAAAAAGGAAUCAGAAAAAUAAAACAAUACUGGUAAUUCUUCAAAAAAUUAAGAUGUCUUUUAGCGUUUGAAUAGUCCUAUCAAAAAAACUAUAACGCUUUAAGUAGGAACUCCUAAAUAAAAACCAAACUAAGUGGAUGAGGAAGAACGAGGAGAAUCAGUAAGUUCUCUUUAAUCAAAGAAAGAACAAUAGCAAUAAGUACUUUAGAAGUUAUAACUUGAUUCACCUAUGCUAAAAAGUAAAAAUCAUACUCCCAAACUUGGAAGCAGUAGCAGUUUGUUAAGCUCACAGUCUUUAGGAAUACGUACUCCAAAGACUCCUGUUUUAUCAACCCCGACUAGAGCAAUUUAAAAUGCUCCUGCAACACCAAAUAUGAAGAAGAUAUUUCUUAGUUCACCAAUGAAAAAACCAGAUAAUUAAUUAAAGAGUUUAGAAAUGUUAGAUUAAAUAAAACUAAGUAAUGAUGAAAAUAUCUAAAAUAACAAUGAAAAAAGAGGAAGGAAAAAAAAUAGAAACUGGAAUACCAAUGUCGAUGAAUAUAGUAAUGAGGAUGAAUUGGACAGCUUAAAUAGCAGUAACAGUAGUGUUUCAUCAGCUGAUUCCUAAAAGAGUAGAUCUUCAUCAAAUGGGAACUCAGAAAAAAAUUAUGGAUGGAAAUUCAAACCUAAAGAGUUUCAUACAUAUUUGUUGAAAGAUUUAGAUCAAAUUACUUUUGAAGAUUAAAGCUAAGUUCUUACUCAAAAACACUCGAUAAAGAUUAAUGAAGUAGGGUUUUCAUUUUUAAAUAAAAAAGAAAAGAAACUUUUUGAUUGGAAUUAAAAAGCAGAAGAUGAAGAGGAAGAACUAAAGUAAAUGCAGAGAUAAGAAGAAUGUUUUAAAGAAUUACUUUAAGAUUCUGUAAAGUAACCAAGUAUUCAUAAUUUAUUUAAUUUAGAAGCAGCAGCAGCUAUUCAAUAGAAAAGAGAAUUUUUUAGCAGUAUGAUCAAUUUUUCCUAUUAAAACCUUGAAAGUAGCAAAAACUCUGCGUGCUCUUCACCAAACAAAAGCAAUCAAACUCCUAAAAUAAUUUAAGAAAAUUAUAAAAAGAAUUCUAUUGAUGAAAUAUCAUCUCCAAGAGUUCUUAAAGAAAGCCCUUAUUAGACAAGUAAAGCAGAAAAUACUAUUUAUCGAUCUCCAAAUCUUCGCAAAAGGAGUUUUAAUGAUUCUCCCUGCAUAGAAGUUAACAAAUAAUAUUUUGGGUACUUGGUUAGAGAUAAAAUUAGGAAAUUUUCAUAUGACACUUAAGUGGAUCCUAAAAUUAAGUAAGUUUAAACACAAGCAGCUAGCUAAGUAAAAUCUUGUCCUCAAAGUCAAGCCCAUUAGAAAUUAUCCCUAUUUAGUGAUGAAAUUAAUAAAAAGAAAAGUAAUUUGAUAUCUUUCCUUAAUAUGAAAGAAAUAUAGAGAAGUAGAGAAUCAAGACAUUCUUUUGAUUUAAAUUUUCUUUAAAUAAAUGGCUAAAUAAAAUCUAACAAAAGCUCAAUAUAUAAAAACGAUCUUGUAAAAAGUGUUGACAGCUUAAGUUAUUAAAAAAAAAAUUAAGUAAACUCAAAACUAAUAAAACAAGUGAGAGAUAAUUUGGAUAAUAGCGAUGAUAGCUAGAGCUUAUAAAAGAGCAGAGAGUGUUUAAGCGAUGAGAAGUUAUCAUUAAAAAAUUUAGAAAAGGCAAAUAUAGGAUGCUUUCAAUCAGAAAUCAGUUCUGAAGAUGAAAAAGUUUAACAAAGGACAUAAUUUCUUGGACGUAAGUAAGUAAAAAAGAAAAGUACAUUUUAUUAAUAGAUGAAAGAAAUCAAAAUCAUGGACUUGAGUAAUUUAGCAAAUCAAAAAAUUGAAGAAGAAUUAUAGUUGGGUAGCAAUCAAUUAAUGAGUGAUGAACCUCACAAUAACGUUAAGUCUAUGUUCAGCAAGAAAAACAUAUUCAGCUAGUAAAGCUCAGAAGAAAAAAUUCUCAAUAAAAAAAUAAAAACUAAAGUGCAUAACAUGAAUAUAGAAAACUAAGAUAAAGAAUCCUAUGGGGAUUUAGAAGAUACUUCACCACUAAUAAAAAGAUCAACUACUACCAAAUUAAAUAUAGGGUCAGAAAAAAAAGUUUUAUCAAAUAAAAGCAAUAAAUCUCAUAAAUCAUAGGUUAAUGAAUAAAAUAACAUAUCAUCCCAAACAUCAAUUUAAGAUAGAUUGGAAGGUAUUCAUAAAGAUGAUCAUCAAGAAAUCAGCCUAUUAAAAGCAAACGAAGAUGUUAUAUUUUUAAAUUUGAUUUCUGGAGAUGAAGAAAUAGCCUAAAAAAAUGGAAAUUGGUAAAUCACUAUUGCAAACACGAUUAUGCAAAAAAGCCAAAGAAUGCAAAAGUCAUUUUUUAGCAAAAAUUCAAAUUCCCAAUUAAACAGUCCAAAUAUACAAAAAAGUGAUGAAUAAUCAUAAUAUUUUAUGUUCAAUAGCGAAAAUAACUAGCAAAGGCUAAGUUCAUCUUCUUCCUCAUAUAUAUCUCUAUCAAUACAAAAUAAUAAAUCCGAACUAGGCUCUAAUUUUUGUAGCAAUUUACAACAAGAUAAUAAGUCUGAAAUAGCUUUUGAAAAAAUACCUAGAUCUAACUCAAAUACAAAUAUAGUUGCUAAUUACUCAAAUGAAAAAGAGGAUUUAGGAGAUCCAAAUGAAGAAGACUUAAUUUUAAAAAUAUUAUUAAAAUAACAAAAUAAUCACAACAGCAGUCUCUCUAUUGCUUAAACAUUACGAAACUCUGAUUAAUUAUCAAGUAUAUCAAACAUAAACAAUAAUAUCUCUUAAUAAGAAUAAAAAAAUUCUUAAUCUCAUUAAUGA